UCUUCACGUUCGAUUCGUAUACGUAAGCGAUAGACGGUGGUACAGUGAGAUAUCAACGCGGCACGAUCAUCUGCCGGCCCGUACUCUUUCUCCAACUAGAACACGCCGUGACGUUGAUACGCGCGCCUCGCUCCAGCGAAUUCGCGAAUCGUUCGGUGAACAGAGUGGUCCACGCUUCGACGCCACGAUGACAGACGAUCUGAGCGACGACAUGUCGGCAGUCAACCCGGAAUUAACGGUGCGACGGCCGGUUUAUCAACAGGACGAGCUUAAUCACCUGUGUAAAUACGUGAAGCCUAAUAGAACGCUUAUGAAGAGCAUAUCAACUAAAUGCAAGAGAAUCAAACCAAUGACGGUUCUAAAGAGUACUGUACCACUGAUCGGCUGGUUGUCGACUUACAACUGGAAGAACGACAUACUGGGCGACAUCAUUGCUGGAAUUACCGUGGCAGUGAUGCAUAUCCCUCAAGGAAUGGCGUAUGCAAUAUUGGGUAACGUGCCGCCAAUCAUCGGCAUCUAUAUGGCUUUCUUUCCUGUCCUCGUUUAUCUUUUCCUCGGCACAUCCAGGCAUAAUUCGAUGGGUACCUUCGCGCUGAUUUGCAUGAUGACCGGGAAGGUGGUCACGACUUACAGCUCCCAUGGCCAGCUAUCUAGAAACUCGACCGCAGAGAGCGAUCUACCAUUGUCCUCCGCGAACGAUCGAUAUUCCCCUGUGGAAGUCGCGACCGCGGUUACCUUCACCGUGGCCCUCAUUCAGUUAGGAAUGUAUCUGUUGCGAUUGGGAGUGAUAGCAAACCUUCUGACAGACAGCCUCGUGAGCGGAUUCACCACUUCUGCGGCGGUUCACGUGUUCACUUCUCAGGUGAACGAUCUACUUGGCCUGAGGAAUCUGGCGAAACGCAAAGGACCCUUCAAAUUGAUCCUUAGUUACGUAGACAUUCUAAACGAUUUAGGAAACGUCAAUGGCGCCGCUCUCUUGCUAUCCGCCGCCACCAUUUUGAUCCUCAUCCUCAACAAUGCUUUAAAGCCAAGAAUUGCAAAGCUGAGUCCAUUCCCAAUUCCCAUAGAGAUGCUGGCGGUCAUAAUCGGCACAAUUCUCUCGGUGUACAUGAAUCUGGCGGACGUUUAUGGCAUCGUGGUAGUUGGUCACAUACCAGUCGGAUUACCGGUUCCCUCUUUGCCGCCGUUGUCUUUGGUGCCGAAUAUUAUAAUCGACAGCUUCGUGAUCACUAUGGUGUCCUACACCAUAUCCAUGUCAAUGGCGUUGAUCUUCGCGCAGAAGUUCAGCUACGAAGUGGACUCCAACCAAGAACUAAUGGCGCAGGGCGUUGGAAAUCUAGUUGGAUCCUUCUUCUCUUGCAUGCCAUUCACAGCUUCGCUCUCUAGAUCCUUGAUCCAGCAGACUGUUGGCGGACGAACUCAACUGGCUAGUCUAAUCUCCUGUGGAAUUCUAAUCAGUGUGUUACUAUGGAUUGGCCCAUACUUCGAGCCUCUACCAAGGUGUGUUUUAGCAAGCAUCAUCGUGGUGGCUCUAAAGGGUAUGCUAAUGAAGGUGACAGAGUUCAAGAGGUUCUGGAAGCUGGACAAAACGGACGGGAUAAUUUGGGCUGUGACGUUCACUACGGUGAUCCUGCUCGACGUCGAAUACGGUCUUCUAAUUGGAAUUGUCUUCUGCAUCGGCAAACUGAUCCUCUUUUCCGUCCACCCUUACACCUGCUCGCUCGCUUUAGUAGCUGGUACCGAGCUUUAUCUGGAUACCAACAGAUACAAAGGCACUGUCGAGCUGCCAGGCAUAAGAAUAUUCCACUACUCGGGAAGCUUGAAUUUUGCCUGUCGACAACACUUCCGUGACCAAGUGUACAAAAUCGCUGGACAGCUGCCGCGGAAAGAGUCGAACGGAAGCUUCAGGCAUGACGAGCUGAAGGAAAUUAAGAAGCUGAGGACCCUGAUACUGGACUUCAGUGCGCUGAGUCACAUGGACCUGGCAGGCGCAACGACCCUGGGAAACCUGAUCAACGAGUACUGCGAAAUCGAUAUCCCGGUGUAUGUCACGGGUUGCUCCGGCCCUGUGUACGAGAUGAUGAGAAAGUGCAACCUGUUGGAAUACAAAAGCGGCCAGUUCGCAAUGUUCCCCACCGUCGCUGACGCGGUGCACUAUGCGAAGUGUAACAUCGAACCAACAUGGAGUUCGUCCAUCUACGAGGACACUUCUGUCGCGAGACUAUGA